CCGGGCGGCCCCCGGACGUGUACAUGAGCCCGUGGGACCGCGUGUGCACGCGUGCGUGUGCAUGACGCGCAGGAGGGGAGGGCGGCCCGGUUCCCUCGGCUGCUGGCGGCGGCCCCGGCGGCCGGCGGCGGCCUCGGCGGCAUGGACAGUCUGCUGGACAACCCCGUGCGGGCCGUGCUCUACCUGAAGGAGCUGACGGCCAUCGUGCAGAACCAGCAGAGCCUCAUCCACACCCAGCGCCAGCGCAUCGACGAGCUGGAGAGGCGCCUGGGCCACCUGAGCGCCGAGAACCGCAGCCUGUGGCAGCAGCAGCAGCAGCAGCAGCAGCAGCAGCAGCAGCCUCCGCAGCAGCCGCAGCCUCCGCAGCAGCCGCAGCCUCCGCAGCAGCCGCAGCCGACGGAGGGCCGGGCCUCCCCCGCGGCCCCGGGCCCGGCCGGAGGCCCGGAGGAGGACGGACAGCUCCCGCCGUCGCUGCAGAACCAGGGCCAGUUCCCGGGGCGGCCCCAACCGGGGACCGGCCGGGCGGCCUCGCACCUGCGGCCUCCUCCGGGCCCCGCCACGCCCCCCGGGGAGCGGGACGGGGACCGACCACCCGGUUGUUGCGCCGCUGCUGCGGGUCCCCCGGCCCCCUCCGCCUCCGUCUCCUCCUCCUCCUCCUCCUCCUCCACCGGGCCCGGGACCCUGGUCCAGCCGAAAGCCCCCGCCGCCCUGGCCAAGGGCGCCCUGAGCCGGAGACCAGAGAAUGAGACGGUGCUGCACCAGUUCUGCUGCCCGGCUGCUGACGCAGAGCAGAAACCCUCGCCCCAAAGUGUGGACCCCUGCCGGGCCGGGGGCGCUCCCGAGGAACCAGCGGCGGCUGGCAGACCCAGUGGAGACGUGACGAAGGCCCCAGCCCGGGACCUGCAGGAGCAGGAGCAGGAGGAAGAGCAGGAGGAGGAGGAGGAGGAGGAGGAGGAGGAGAAGCGGCUGGGGGCGACGGGGGUCUCUCCCCCGGUGCCGAAGGCCAGCCUCCACCACACAGCCUCCCCAGGGAGGCAGCAGCGGGGCAGAGGGGCGGGCCGCUGCUCCCACAGUCCGGCCACCUCCGAUUACGAGCUCUCCCUUGACCUAAAGAAUAAGCAGGUCGAAAUGCUAGAAUACAAGUACGGGGGUCACCUGGUGUCCCGGCGGGCGGCCUGCACCAUCCAGACGGCCUUCCGCCAGUACCAGCUCAGCAAGAACUUCGAGAAGAUCCGCAACUCCCUCCUGGAAAGCCGGAGGCCCCGCCGCAUCUCCCUGCGCCAGCUGCGGGUGCAGAAUGCCGAGGGGCCGGCGGCCGAGGGCUGCGGGCUGCGCCCCCCGGCCCUGGCCGCCCCCGCCCCCCUGACCGAGCUGGAGGACUCGUUCACCGAGCAGGUGCAGUCGCUGGCCAAGUCCAUCGACGAGGCGCUGAGCACGUGGAGCCUGCAGGCCAUGUGCUCCCUCCAGGAGGGCGGCGGGCCUGCGGGGGGCUUCCAGCUCCAGGAGGCUUUCGGCCCGGGCUCGGCGGGCCCGGGGCCGGACGGGGACGGGGGCUCCGGAGAGGGGUCCCUGCCCCAGGGCCGCGGCACCCUCAUGAUGGCCUUCCGCGACGUCACGGUGCAGAUCGCCCACCAGAACAUCUCCGUCUCCUCCGCCGCCUCCCUGUCCGUGGCCAACUGCCUGGGCGGGGGAGGGAGCCAGGCCGGCCCGGCCUCCGGGGCCGACGCCGAGACCCCGGAGACCCCCGACGACCAGGGGGGGCCCGGCGGCGGCCCUCCCGCCCCGGGCCUGGGGGGCGAGGGGGCGGCGGGGGAGGAGGGCCCGGGGGAGGCCCGGUGCCCCUCGGAGGGUCCGGGCGACAGCGGCCCGUCCAUCAAGUCGCCCAAGUCGAGCUCGGAGGCGUCGGGCUCCAAGGAGGCCCUGCAGGCCAUGAUCCUCAGCCUGCCCCGCUACCACUGCGAGAAUCCGGCCGGCUGCAGGUCGCCCACCCUGUCCACGGACACCCUGCGCAAGCGUCUCUACCGCAUCGGACUCAACCUCUUCAACAUAAACCCGGACAAGGGGGUCCAGUUCCUCAUUUCCCGGGGCUUCAUCCCCGACACCCCCACUGGCGUGGCUCACUUCCUGCUGCAGAGGAAGGGUCUCAGCCGCCAGAUGAUCGGCGAGUUCCUGGGGAACAGCAAGAAGCAGUUCAACCGCGAUGUCCUAGACUGCGUGGUGGACGAGAUGGACUUCUCCUGCCUGGAGCUGGACGAGGGCCUACGCAAAUUCCAAGCUCACAUCCGCGUGCAAGGGGAAGCCCAGAAGGUGGAGCGGCUCAUCGAGGCCUUCAGCCAGCGGUACUGCGUGUGUAACCCGGACGUGGUGCAGCAGUUCCACAACCCCGACACCAUCUUCAUCCUGGCCUUCGCCAUCGUCCUGCUCAACACGGACAUGUACAGCCCCAACAUCAAGCCCGACCGCAAGAUGAUGCUGCAGGAUUUUAUCCGCAACCUGCGAGGGGUGGACGACGGCGCGGACAUCCCCCGGGAUCUGGUGGUGGGCAUCUAUGAACGGAUCCAGCAGAAGGAGCUCAAGUCCAAUGAGGACCACGUCACCUACGUCACCAAGGUGGAGAAGUCCAUCGUGGGCAUGAAGACGGUGCUGUCGGCGCCUCACCGGAGGCUGGUGUGUUGCAGCCGUCUGUUUGAGGUGGCGGACCUCAACAAGCUGCAGAAGCAGGCCGCCCACCAGCGCGAGGUGUUCCUCUUCAACGACCUGCUCGUGAUCCUCAAGCUGUGCCCCAAGAAGAAGAGCCCCUCCACCUACACAUUCUGCAGGGCCGUGGGCUUGCUGGGGAUGCAGUUCCAGCUCUUUGAGAAUGAGUAUUAUUCCCACGGCAUCACCUUGGUGACGCCGGCCUCGGGCUCCGAGAAGAAACAGGUGCUCCACUUCUGCGCGCUGGGAUCGGAGGAGAUGCAGAAGUUUGUGGACGACCUGAAGGAGUCCAUCGCCGAGGUCAUGGAGCUGGAGCAGAUUCGCAUCGAAUGGGAGCUGGAGAAGCAAAACGGCGCCAAGACCCUCUCACUCAACUCCCACAGUGCCCAGCUCGUCCCGCAUUCGAAGCCAGGAUCUCCUUCAGGCCAGCGGGAGGCGAGCGAGAAGGCGGAGGACAGCCCGGCGGAGGUGAGUAGCCGCCUUACUGACCAGGUGUCAAUUCACAACAGGCUUCAAACGUACCAGCAUCAGCAGUCGUCCUCGGGGCCGGAGAGGGGAGGUCCGUCCUCGUCGCCACCGCCGGGGCCGGGGUCGCGUCCUAGCCCCCCGCGACAGCUGCCGGCGCCCGCGCCCCCGGGCACCCUGCUCCAGUGCCAGCAGAUCGUCAAGGUCAUCGUCCUGGACCAGCCCUGCCUGGCCCGCAUGGAGCCGCUGCUCAGCCAGGCUCUGGCCUGCUACACCGCCUCGGCCACCCCGAGGCGUGGGCCCGGCACCCCGGCCAAGGCGGGACACCGCCCCCCGCUGCCCCCGCCGCCGCCCCCCUAUAACCACCCGCACCAGUACUGCCCCCCAGGCCCCUUGCUGGCCCAGCGCCGCUAUUCCAGCGGCUCCCGCAGCCUCGUGUAGCCGUUCCCCCGCCCCUGGCACCGACCCCCGACAGCUGCCCCCUACCCGUCCCCCCCCCCCAGGACCCCCGCACCACUGCUCCAGCCUCGUGUAGCCGCCGCCGGACUCGCCCCCAGUCCCUCUCCCCCUCGGGCAACCCCCCGUCCCAGCUGCUAUCACCCCGCGGUCACGUUUAGUGCCGGUAAUCCCAGCCGUUCGUUUGGGGGAGGGUGAGAGGGAUCCCCAUCCUUCCCUGGACCCCAGGCUUGGCACCGCCCCCCCCCAGGGACCCCAGCCGGUCUCCCCCGCUCUCAGGGGGCCCAUCCCCCUUCCUUGCCCCGGCUUUGGGCAGUCACGUACAGCGGACCCUCUCCUCCCCGGUCUCACUUCCACCUGUCCUUGGGGCGCCCCGGCCCAGUUGAGUUUGGGGGCUCAGAGCGUCCCCCCGGAGGAGAGAGAUGGGACACUGAGGCUGCCGCUGUCGGCGGCAAAGGGGCCUCCCAUUUUACAACUCUUGGGUCCCGGGGUGGGGAGGGAAGCUGGGGGCUGCUCCCUAAAGAGAGCUGGGGCUUGAUUCCCCUGGAUGCCUCCCUGACUUCCGAGGGGCACUGGCAUUCCCACCCUGAGCACCCCCGGGAACUCCCCGGCUUUGCCCCCUGGGCAGGGACAGGACCCCCCACCCUUCUCCUGCUGCCCCUCACACCAAUCCACCCCACGAUGAUUCUCCAGAUUUAUUGGGGCUCAGAGAGGAAGGCUGAUUUGCACUCAUGCCCACUGCUGAACGGAGGUAGCAUUCGAACUCCUGGCCAAGGCCAUGAAGUUCCUGGGAAGACCUUCCCCAGUGUCUCUGAGGGGCUUUGGGGUGGAGGAGAUUCUUGGAGACCGAGCUCCCGUUAUCCCGCCCCUUCGGCUCCCCCGACAACGACCUCGUCCCCCGGAUCCACUCCCUCCCCUGCCUGAUUCACCCCCGUUUCCCGGCCACAUCUUCGGGAGUGGGAGGGCCUGGGGCAUGGAACCCCACCACAAGGGUUUACCACUUUGUUUCCAUGCACCUUCAGGAGGGAGGGACUGGCCAUUUUGGGGUGGGAGUGGCAAGGAUGAGGGUGGAGCUGGGGAGUAGUCUGGAAGGCGAGAAAGUAGGGGUACAGAUAGUGGUGGGGGGGGGGUUGAUGAGAGAGGCUUUAGUUUGGCUUCUCGUGACAUCACAUUUCCUGUAAAUCCUCCCUGUCUCGGAACCAAGAUCUCCGAAAGAUUCCCCGACUCCCUGAUCCUCGGGUGGGGGAAAGAACGUGUUAUUCGUUAAGCGCUUACUAUGUGCCAAGCACUGAACUAAGCUCUGGGAUAGAUACAAGAUAAUCAGGUCCC